CAAUAUCUUAAGAUGCUAAUACAGCUCUGUGAUUGGCUGAUGGCAUCUUAAGACAGUACUUAAGAUGAUCUUAAAUAUAAGAUCCGACUAUGAAUACUGGCCAAAGUGAGUGUUUCAACAUCGCAGAGACUACAGGUGUUAAAGCAGAAAGAUCUGAACGUGAAGAAUAUGGAGAUAAUGCCAUUGGAUAUGUUGAGCUGAAACGAGAAGGCUCAAUAUACACUGUUCGAGGAAAAAUAUGUCCAGAGCAUAAAAUUCGGAGUAAACCUUAUACAGUUUUUCUUAAGAUAGAUGAAGAGACUGAAGAAAUUAAAGAAGCUGUUUGUCAUGAUUGUGCCGCUUCUGGGGGUGGUUGUAAGCAUGCUAUUGCUUUUAUGUUGUGGGUUCAUAGGAGAAGUGAAGAACUAGAACCAACAGCAACAAUAUGCUAUUGGAAAAAAUCUAGAUUAGUAGGAAUCAAGUAGGAAUUAAUAUAAAGUGUAUUACAACAAAAUAAAUGAAAAAGCCACAAAUGAAAUAUAAUUUUAAAAACGCUGAUAAUUUUUUUGAUAAAAUCUUGCAUGAAAUGCAGAUUUUGCAGUUCUAUCUAGACAUUUAAUUUCUUUAGAAAUAUGUAAUAAUUUAUCACUGCAUCAGUUAUUAAUACAAUUUGCUAAAACUCAAGGAACAAGUGCAGAUGACUUUUUGGUCUUUUCUAAACAAUUAAUGUCUAUCAAACAGUGUAUUGAAGUAGCUCAAGAAACAAAAUUACAAUCUAAAUCUAAACUAUGGAUGGAAAUGAGAUACGGUCGUAUUACAGCAUCCAGAAUUUAUGAAGUUGCUCAUUGUAAAACUGAACGAGGCACAUUAGUUGAACAAAUAAUUGGAGCAGCUAAAAUUAUAGAGACUGAAGCAAUGAAAAGAGGAAAAGAUUGAGAGAAAAAGGUUUUAAAUAUUUUGCAACAGAAAAUACAAGUAAAGUUGAAAGAAAGUGGUUUAUUAUUAAAUCCUGAAUUUCCUGUAAUAGGUGCCUCUCCUGAUGGCAUUGGUCCUAAUUUUGUCGUAGAAAUAAAAUGUCCUACAACAUCAAAAGUUGAAUUGAAAUAUAUUACAGCAGAACAGAAAAUAUGUAAUAGAUAUUUGGCUCAAAUACAAUUUCAAAUGUUUAUGUCCAAAAUGAAGAAAGAAUAUUUUUGUAUGGCUAGACAUAAUUUCGAAACAAGUAAUGAUGUUAUAAUACUACAAGUAAUAUAUGAUGAAAAACUUAUAAUGAAUUUAAUACAAAAAAGUAUGGAGUUUUGGAAAAAAAAAA